GGCGACCUCCACUACCCAUUCUUUCUGCAACUCUGGAAUCUGGAAGGCUUCAUACUGUAAGGAAUCCCCGGGCUCAGAGAGAGAGAGAGGGAGAAACCCUAAAGCCGACGAAGGAGAUGGCCGGCCUCUGUUUCUGUACUGCCCUUUCUUCUCGGCGGACAACAUGGUUGGUUCUUGAAACCAACCUUGCAGGGAAUAUGCUUUACAGGCCACUGCAUAAGAGAAGCAUGGUCAUUAGAGCUGAAGUGAAUUACGUGAACACUGAGGAGGCAAAGAAACUCAUUUCUGUCGAUAGGUAUGCAGUCUUGGAUGUCCGAGACAAAUCUCAAUAUGAUCGAGCACAUAUAAAAUCUUGUUAUCAUGUGCCCCUCUUUAUUGAAAACAAGGACAAUGAUCUUGGUACAGUUGUAAAGCGAACAGUGCACAACAACUUUGCAGGGUUGCUCUUUGGGUUGCUAUUCACUAAACUUAAUCCCAAUUUUGUGCAAUCCGUUAAAAGCCAGUUCUCAACAGACAGUAAAUUGUUACUUGUCUGUCAAGAAGGCCUAAGGUCUGCUGCAGCUGCUAAUAAGCUAGAGGAAGCUGGAUUCCAAAACUUGGCAUGUAUCACAUCAGGUCUUCAGUCAGUGAAGCCAGGAACCUUUGAUUCUGUCGGGUCCACUGAGUUGCAAAAUGCGGGCAAAGCUGGUUUAGUGACCAUUCAAGGGAAGAUUUCAGCUGUCCUAGGGACCGUACUUAUCUGUGCAUUUCUUUUCAUAACCUUCUUCCCUGAACAAGCAGAGAAGCUACUUCAAAUGGCCCCUGCUAGUUAGCUCUUGAAGGAACCACAAAUUUUUGAGUAUUCUGCCCUGUGGUUGAUGGAAACGUGAUUGUUAGCUGUUCGCAAUCAAUUAGUCCAACAGAAUGAAAGACUAAUCAGGAAAACAGUUUGUAACAGUGCUGCAGAUCUGAAGCCUUGCGCAGAUUCAAGCAUGAUUCUGUGUGGGAGACAGUAAACCUGAGCACAUAGGGUUAGUUGCAGAGUACUUGUUGCAGUCUGUAGAGUCUUGAUAUUCUGAUAACAUUACUACCUCUGUAUGUAUGUAGUAUGUUCGUUUGUAAAGACAUGUUUUUUUUCCAAUGAAAAUACCUCUGGUUUUCAUUUA